GCACAGAAACUUGGCCUAGGAUUAAAGAUAGCCAGCAAAGGUUUUGCCCAGCCAUCAUUCAUUACUAAGUCUAAGACCUUGACAACGUGUCCUGCUACUACUAGCACUACGGUGGAGGCCGCUGCUCCUGUUGAUGGAGAGGUUAGUGACGAUGAUAAAGAUCUGCUUGACGCUUCAAAGAUCGGUGAAGUCAACCCAGGAAAUGCCCAGUUUACCAUUAUCUCUG